AUGGCGGCCAAUCCUCGUUCGCUCACCGGGAUUGUGAAUGGGGACGAUCCUUCGACAGCCGCUUUCGUCGUGCCUCUCAACAAGGAAGUCCUCAACCACGGCGUCGGUCGGUUUGCCGAGCUUCUUACCCAACAGGUUCCUCGUCUCCGGUCUCUCGGCAGUGGCAGUCCUCGAAAUGGGUCGUCCUCUCGGAAACUGUUUGCGGAACAGGGACAACGUCCAACGAAGCUUUUCCGGAUAUGGCGCGUGGACGAGUCGCCAAGAUGCAAUUCCGAAGAUCCAAGGCUACUUGCGGCCCACCAACAUCUAGUUUUGCACGGCGAUCUGAUAGCUUUGCCGUUAAGCUCCCAGUUUGUGGCCACAGAGGUGCCUGAAGAUUCUGAUGAAGGCGACUUUUACGACGGGCGGUCAAAGUCUAGAUCUUUGGACCUUCGUGAUUGGUUUCCCUUAGUCCCUCCGCCGCGCAGCCACUCCAAGGGCGUAAACGCAAUAGGAGGGCAGCCCCUCGAUUUCUUGGUGGAAAUUGUUGACACUUCUAAGGAAGAGACGUUGAUGAUGUCGCAGAGUGGUCUUACGCCGUAUGCUGCCGGUGAAAGACCUAUGGAGGAACCUUUCUCCGACCCAUCCCCGGAAAUGUCGCAAAGGAGACUUUUUGCCGCGUCAUCUAUGGCGUCCACUGUUCCCAUCAAAGGAGCUUCGGAGCAAUCCUUCGACAUCCGACCUGCGAGCAAUGAAAUGGCCGAGCAAGCCCCGCCAGCGUACUCCUUGUUUGGCUCCGCAUCGCUGUCGAGGGAGUACACCACGCUGACACCCGCGGCUUCAAUCGCCGAGACGACAGGCCUUCGCGAUGGCGCGAAGGCCGAAACUGCCUUCCAAAAGCUCAAGUGUCCGUUCAUGAGGUCACGCCAACGUGUCAUCAGUUGUGCCUUGCUCCUGCUCCUUGUCGUCGUUGCGAUAAUAGCUUCAACGACCGCCGUGGUCCUCAAGUCUAAGGCUUCUGGUGCUGCCAUGCGUUCGUCCUUACCGUCACAGCCGGGGGGCACCAGUACAGCCUCGUCUGUUGCAACACCGCAACCCACGAGCAAACCGAUCGCACCUGGUACUAUGGUCAGAAGGAUAGUCCUCGGGGAGAAUCGUACCUGGAUCGCAGACGUGAAGGCUUCGCCUAAGGAGGAUUUUCUGUAUGUGGGCCUGAAUAAUGGUACCAUAUUUGGCUGGAAUCGGACCACAUUGCUGAGGAGUACCGCCUCAGCUCCGCCUCCGGACGUGACGGUGACAGUCCCCGAAUUGAGGUGGCUGUCCUUCGAUACAUGCGAUGAUCCUGAAUCAAGAUAUCUUUACGCAAGCAGUGACGCAUUUCCCUGUACGCUCUAUCGCAUGGACAGGCACGCGGAGCACACCCGCUCUGUCAUCCCGAAUGGGACAUGCGCCGCGCAGGAUCGAGUUAGGGUUCGUAUUCGCCAACGGGACUCGCCCUAUCUUCUAUUUGACGACUGGGCUGAUCCCUUGCUGUCACCCGACGGCAAUACCCUUGUCGCAAUAUCUUCGCCCGGCGGGGUGUCGCAACGUAUUGCCGCCAACAUUGCGAUCGAUGUUCCUACCUUCCAAAAUCGCUCCAACUUUGAUCCCGACAAUCCGCUGACUGAUCCCGCGGUGGUCGACGUCACAAUGCAAGCGUACCUGGCCAACAUCUUCUCCGCGGAUUCAAACUGGUUGUACACACGAAUCAACGAGACCGUCGUUGUUACGGGAAACAAACGAUAUGGCUAUCCCCGGCUCCUGGCUUCAUUUCCAAGAGAUAUCGACCCGAAAUGUCCGAACAUUUCGGACGAAUACUUUCGCUACUUUGACACGAAUAUGUGGGUUACCUCCGAUAACCGUCGCCUUUUCUUUUUGAGGAACACCAGGGGCGCCGGACGGCGCUUUGCCCAAAUCGACGCAGUCACAGGCCAGAUCAACGGGGAAAUAGUGUCCACGGAGACAGGGGGCCAAGAUCCGCGUGUGGCUACGCUCGGCGAUUUUAUCUUCAUCGCACGCACGUUCACCCUCUCGCAGUGGAGCAUGUUCCCCGUGUGA